CUCGAAAAUUGUUAUUCACUUUUAAAGCCAGUGAAACAGAAUUAAAGCAAAAAAAGAAUAAUCUUCGUUAGUUUUCAGUUUAUGAUACAAAAAUGGACGCAAUUCAAGAUACUGUACAUCAGGUCUCCAUGUCAUACCUGGCAGGACGAAUCCUCACGAUAUUUUUUAAGAAAAACUUCUCCUUCACAGCACAUUACAAACAAGUGAUCUUUGAUUCCAUUGCAGUCUUCGUUGCAUCGCUUAUUGCUUCCUGGCUUUCUUUAUAUGCUUAUCUGGGAGUGUCUAUAGAAAUCUUAGCUUUGGUUUAUUCGAAUUCAAGGCACAUUCACGACGAAAUGCUCAAAACCUUGGCUCUCAGCACAAGCUGGUACGUCGCAGUUCAUGGCGAUCUGACUGAAGCCACUUUUGAUAACUUAACACUCGCCUUCGCAACGACACAGUUCUUGAGGAAACCAAAUGAGUUAAAGGAAUAUCUCAGGGAAAUAAGAAUUGUGUUUGGACCGAUCUAUGUGAUUAUGAUGUCUGCAGGUCUUCGCUUCUGCUCCUUUGACAAUAUCAAUAUGCGAUGUCUGGCGAUAUUGCUCUCCGUGGUCUCCUCUGUUCUGGCUGCUAUUUUCUUCCGUCCCGACAACAACCAGACACUUAAGGCAAUUUUACCAGCUUCCAAGAUUCCAUCCACCGCGCACCGACAGCUUGUCCAUGGCUACUUGAUGUUUUCAAGUCUCUUUGUCACAUUUUUGAAAGUGUUGAAAACUGCUCCCUCGCUGAUGCUAGCUGCAUCCGUCUUUGGACCUUUGAACAUUAUUUUGUUUCUAACCUACAAAAUGUCAAGACAGUGGCGCUAAAUCGAUCCGAUCUUGGACAAAGCUUGCAAGCUUAACAGUAGCACAUAGGCGCCGAAUGUUUGAACCGUGCUGGAGCUCACAGAUCACGAGGAGGACUGAGGAAUGGUCAAAGAAGAAGCUGAGACACAAGAGAAUAACGAAACAACGAGAAUAGAAAUCACAGCAAGUCAAAACCAACUACGUUUUUGAGUUGUGUUCAGUUCAGAAUAGUUAAGUUGCAUAUAUAUAAAAAAAAUAAAAUA